AUGACCACCACGCCGUCCCGAUACCCCCAUUCGCUCUCUCAAGCUACCUCCUCCGGACCUUCCAGACCUGUCAGGGGAUACCCAGCACCUUCCAUAGACUCAUCCAUAGCUUCACCACCUUCCUCAUCAUCAUCAUCCUCAGUACCGUUGAACGAGUAUUCAUCUCUUGCUGAUUUACUUCAACAAGCGGGAUACAAAGAGACGAGGGUAUUCACACCUGAAGCAGAGAAAUCCCGAUCUUCAGCACGGAUUAAUAAAACCAAAAUUAAGAAGACUCUAGAUGAAGUCGAAGAAGAUGAAAUAGCUUCUCUGUAUGGUACAUAUGGAUUCACUCGUUCAGGUCUUGAUGGUAUUUCGAAUCCAAAUUCAAAUCCGAAUUCAGGAUCAGGAUUGAUGAUGGAAAGAAUGUCUUCAGAAGAAGAAAGGAUGAGACAUCAACAUAUAACUGAACCUGCCCUACCAAUGAAAUCAUCUUCUUCAAUCUUACGUUCAUUAGCUAUUCAAGAUAAAGUAAUCACUUCUUCUCUACCCAAAGAAUCGAAUUCGAAUCCAAGUACAAACGAAUCAUCAUGGUGGAAUGGGUGGAGUAAAUCAACAUCAACAUCAACAAUCAAGCCCGUCAAUACAGAUGGUUAUCAGUCAACAACUUCGUCAUAUGAAGCUUCAGUCGAAGUUGGUUUAGGUUUAGCAAAAGGUGGUUCAGGUGUCAGAAAAAUCAAAUCAGUUACUACCACCGCAGCGACUAAUUGGGACACAUCAAGUAGACCAAGAAGAGCAGGAACUGAUUCACCUCCUCAAGAAGAAAGACCACCACCUAUCAUCAGACCUAGAAUACCAAGUUCACCUACCGAACUAAUGUCCUCUUCUUCGGCAGUAGGAUUUACUUAUACACCAACCAAGAAAUCACCUUACAAAACAAAAAAUAUAUACUCAUCACCCCCUCCACCACAGCCUAUUGAUGAAGAUGAAUAUGGUUAUUCACCUUUACCUGAAGAUUAUGAAGAACAAUGUACAGAUGAUGAAGCCAUGUACGCCAUGGGAUUGAACGAUAAUACAUCGGUUUAUUCUCUAGGUUCAACAACUAAUUCGGCAUCGACUUCGAAUCCUUCAUUGGCAACUUCGUUGAGAGAUAACUCGUCCAUUCUAUCUAGUCAUUAUGAAUUCCCAGAGAGGUACGCAGGUGGAUACGAAACUAGAGAAGGAAGUGAAGAUAGGGCAGUAAGGGAGAUCAAAGCUUUUCAAGAUGAAAUGGCUUUGAUUGAUGAGAUCAAUCAAGUUGGUAAAAGAAUUCUACAAAAUACUGUUGGUGUAGAUGAAUUAGAUUUUGAUUCACCAGAAAGUCAAACGUCCGAUUUACCGUACAUAGAAGAUGAAUAUAGAAUAGGAAUGGAUAAUGGUGUACCCAGAAUACCACUCCCUAACACCCCUAUUUCGCAAACUUAUUGGUCGACCGAAGGACAGGAAGACGACGAAGAAACUCAACCUACUCCAUCGGCAGUGGUACCUCAGAAGAAAACACUAAAAUAUGGAGACAGAGCAACAAAACUUCGAAUAGCUCACUCAACACCUGCUCUUCGACAAUCAGCUAUUUCUUCAUCCAACCAACCUCUACCUGAAGGCUGGCUAGGUUCAAUCAAAUCUGCUUUACUAGGUAAAACUCCUUCUCUACCUGUUGAACCUCAAUCUUUCACGACUAUUCAAUCACAACCUAAAGGUCCUAUGAAAAUUUCACCUGCCAUACCUGCUUUACCAACUUUGAUUACUACUUCACCCGUAAUUUGCGAUUCACAUUCUACAGAAGCUGAAGAUCUUCCUCCUCUACCUUCUUCCCGACCAAUCUUAAACCAUACAAGCAGUAUAUCAAAUUUCCUCAAGAUGAGACCAUCUUUAGCUAGAUUGAAAAACGUCGUUCUCGGCCCUUCUAUCAAUCAACCCACAAAAGAAGAUGAUUCAAGUUUGGUUUUAUCACCAAGAUUGAAUUGGGAUGAACAAGGUACACAGUUCGCGGGAUGGUCACCCAAUAAACCUUUCAAGUCUUCAUCUUCAGUCAGUCGUUCAAACGAAAAUGGUAUAGACGCUUUAUUCGGGCCUCAACCGGAUGAAACGAAUACAGAAAGAGGUGAAAUCGAUUAUUCAAAAUCAUUCUUCUACAAACCUUUUACUCCACCUAGAACCAAUUCUUCCUCAACAGUAACAACAACAUCAUCAUCAUCAAUCUCGGACGCAAUAGCUGAACCAUCUACCCCACCUAAAGAAAAAGAACAUUCGAUGAAUAAGAAGAAGUCGAUCAAAUCGCUCAAAGCGGCAUUAUUACUUCCCGUAGCUCCAGCUUCAAUGCGACCUGCUCAACCUCCUGUACCGGCCAUUCCAGAACAUCUCAGCCAUUUGGCAACUCCUCGAAAGAUGAAGAAUCAUACCACUCCAAUAUUGGCGAUCCAAAGUCCCGGAGCGUGGGUUCCGAGAGAAUUGGUAUUGGAAGGUGAAGAGUGGGAUGCGAGAGAAGGAAGUUUAGGCGAUUGGGGUAGAGGUAGGGGUAAACGAUCUAACGGAGGUGGGAAAGUCAGAAGAAGGAAAAGCAAGAAGAUUGUAAGGGAUUAG